AUGUUUGAAUUCUACUUAUUGACCGCCAAGUCGCCAAGACUUGCCACAGGGGGCGCCAAGACCCUUGCCACAGGGGGCGCCAAGACCCUUGCCACAGGGGGCGCCAAGACCCUUGCCACAGGGGCGCCAAGACCCUUGCCACAGGGGGCGCCAAGACCCUUGCUACAGGGGCGCCAAGACCCUUGCUACAGGGGCGCCAAGACCCUUGCCACAGGGGGCGCCAAGACCCUUGCCACAGGGGCGCCAAGACCCUUGCCACAGGGGGCGCCAAGACCCUUGCCACAGGGGGCGCCAAGACCCUUGCCACAGGGGGCGCCAAGACCCUUGCCACAGGGGCGCCAAGACCCUUGCCACAGGGGGCGCCAAGACCCUUGCCACAGGGGGCGCCAAGACCCUUGCCACAGGGGGCACCAAGACCCUUGCCACAGGGGGCGCCAAGACCCUUGCCACAGGGGGUGCCAAGACCCUUGCCACAGGGGCGCCAAGACCCUUGCUACAGGGGCGCCAAGACCCUUGCCACAGGGGGCGCCAAGACCCUUGCCACAGGGGGCGCCAAAACCCUUGCCACAGGGGCGCCAAGACCCUUGCCACAGGGGGCGCCAAGAUCCUUGCCACAGGGGCGCCAAGACCCUUGCCACAGGGGGCGCCAAGACCCUUGCCACAGGGGGCGCCAAGACCCUUGCCACAGGGGGCGCCAAGACCCUUGCCACAGGGGGCGCCAAGACCCUUGCCACAGGGGGCGCCAAGACCCUUGCCACAGGGGGGCCGGAAGAAUAG